AUGGACAACAUUUACCAUCAAGACAAUGUCCGACCGGUGGUGGUGGAAGUGGUGGACCCCAUGACCCAGUUCAUUCGCAGUAUCUACAACCUGAGCCUUAUCUUCAUCGGAUUAACGAUAGCCGCUUGGUUGCUGCUAACUUUGACUACCGUCCACGUGCAUAAGUACCUGCCGUUCCCCACUUACGUCCUCGUCAUCUUCAUCUUCCUGGCUAUGGUCUUCCUGAACUGCAUUCCCAGUCUAUCCUACUCUUCGCCCUGCAAGUGGAUGAUGACGAGUCUGGUGGUAGUCUGCACCAUCAUCUCAAGCUCCUACGUAACCGACAUGCUGAGUCUGCUGACCUUAUGCUUAGUAUUGAUAGGCGUUUCUCUGAUCAUCCUGGUGCUCAACUUCUCUGGUGCCAAGUGCCCUCAAGAGUUCCUGCCAGGAGGGGUUUGCUCCACUACACUGAUGAUCGUUCUGGGUCUGCUUCUGAUCGUGGUGGCUAUCGCCCAGCUCUGUACUGAAAAUGUAGAGCUGCUGGACGCCUUCAUUAGCAUCCUGUUCAUAAUGGUGAUCAUUGCAAUACCCAUCCAGGCGCAGUUCAAUCACGGCCGCCUGGAUAAUGUGGAGGUGAUACCGAAGCGACAUCUCAUGGUCUGUACCCUGACCUUGUACCUGCACGCCAUUAUGUUCUUCUGCUGUGUGUGUUACUUCAUCCUGGUGGAAGAGAGGAAAGAAACGGCCAGGCUAGCAGCAGAAGCGGCUAUGAAAACGGUCUCCGUGCCCGAGAAUGAUUUUGAUUGAGAAGACCCACGUAAUCUUCUUGGAUCCUCUAACAGUAGCGGUGACUUGUCGCUGGAAAGAUCUAAAGGACUUUAAAAGUCAGGAUCAAGACUAUAAGUGUCGACAUUAUGCCAUCAUCUUGAGCAUUAGUCAAUGGGAAGGUGCAAAUAUAUUUUUUAAAAGUAUGACCCAAAGAGGAAACUAAAAAUAAAGUCGA